CUGUGCCAUCCAUUCAGCUAGAUCGAUCGAUCAAGAGAAGCCAAGAACAUCGAUCGAUCGCUUGGACAUGGCGUCCGAGAAGGUGGAGACGAUCGUGGCCGGGAACUACGUCGAGAUGGAGCGAGAAGGCGGCGGCGCCGGCGCCGGCGCCGAAUCCAGCAGCGCCGCGCCGUCGUCGGGCAGCAAGCUCGCCCUCUCCAGCCUCUUCUGGCACGGCGGCUCCGUCUACGACGCCUGGUUCAGCUGCGCCUCCAACCAGGUGGCGCAGGUGCUGCUGACGCUGCCCUACUCGUUCUCGCAGCUGGGCAUGGCGUCGGGGGUGGCGUUCCAGGUGUUCUACGGCCUGAUGGGGUCGUGGACGGCGUACCUGAUCAGCGUCCUCUACGUGGAGUACCGCACCCGGCGGGAGCGCGAGAAGGUGGACUUCCGCAACCAUGUCAUCCAGUGGUUCGAGGUGCUCGACGGCCUCCUCGGCCGCCACUGGCGCAACGUCGGCCUCCUCUUCAACUGCACCUUCCUCCUCUUCGGCUCCGUCAUCCAGCUCAUCGCCUGCGCCAGCAACAUCUACUACAUCAACGACAGGCUCGACAAGCGGACAUGGACGUACAUCUUCGGGGCUUGCUGCGCCACCACCGUGUUCGUCCCGUCGUUCCACAACUACCGGGUCUGGUCGUUCCUCGGCCUGCUCAUGACGUCCUACACCGCGUGGUACCUCACCGUUGCCGCCGUCGUCCAUGGCAAGGUCGACGGGGUGACGCACACGGGACCGUCCAAGAUGGUGCUCUACUUCACCGGCGCCACCAACAUCCUCUACACCUUCGGCGGCCACGCCGUCACCGUGGAGAUCAUGCACGCGAUGUGGAAGCCGCAGAGGUUCAAGAUGAUAUACCUGGUGGCCACGCUGUACGUGCUGACGCUGACGCUGCCGUCGGCGUCGGCGAUGUACUGGGCGUUCGGCGACAUGCUGCUCGACCACUCCAACGCCUUCUCGCUGCUGCCGCGGACCGGGUGGCGCGACGCCGCGGUGGUGCUCAUGCUGGUGCACCAGUUCAUCACCUUCGGCUUCGCCUGCACGCCGCUCUACUUCGUGUGGGAGAAGGCCAUCGGGGUGCACCACGGCGCCGGCGUGCUCCGCCGCGCGCUGGCGAGGCUCCCCGUCGUGCUGCCCAUCUGGUUCCUCGCCGUCAUCUUCCCCUUCUUCGGGCCCAUCAACUCCACCGUCGGCUCCUUCCUCGUCAGCUUCACCGUCUACAUCAUCCCGGCGCUCGCCCACAUGGCCACCUUCGCGCCGGCGGCCGCCAGGGAGAACGCCGUCGAGCCGCCGCCGCGCGCGCUGGGAGGCUGGGCGGGCACCUUCGCCGCCAACUGCUUCGUCGUCGCGUGGGUGCUCGUCGUCGGCUUCGGCUUCGGCGGCUGGGCCAGCACCGUCAACUUCGUCCGCCAAGUCGACACCUUUGGCCUCUUCACCAAAUGCUACCAGUGCCCUCCCAAACACUAAGAACAUAAUCUCCAUUGUCUCUUCUCGAGAAAUUGAUCGAUCUUGAUCCUUCCCUACCUUCUUGCACAGAGCAGAAAAAGUUCAGAGCUUGAAAGCUUCACGCAUCUCCCAUGUCGAUCGAUCGAGCUCAUGACAUUAUUGGUUAUGAUUAGUGACGGCAUAUUUGUCUGAGAGGAGAGCUAUUCCUGCAUGUAUGCAUGUGUGUGUAUGUGUGUACGAUUGGUGAUGAAUUGGUAUAUGGAUCGAAUUGAACAAUAUAUAUGUACCUCUCUGCUCUGAAUCGUACUGAUGCAUGUUCAGUUAGGUUAA